AUGUCUACGGUCUCAGAUGAGGUCGUUGUCCGCCACCACAUCUCGAGGGAACAGCUGAAGCACCAUGUGCGGAGGGUGACUCUUGGGGCUCAGGAAACGUUCCGACUCGUCCAUUUGGCCAUCGAGGAGCUGAAAGGCCCCGCCGGACUGGACGAGAAUGGAGUGAGCCUCUUUAAAACACCUGAAGUCAUCGAUGAGGUGUGGGCCGCCCAGCAGCGACACCUGGAAUGCUUGCAAGAUCCCCCAGACAUGAGCAUGUAUAGGGUAGCACGAACCACCACCAUCAACAAUGUGGAUGUGCCGUUCUAUAAAUGUCUUCGUGGAAGCAACAGCAUGGAGGGUUUCCACAAAUCACUUCCAAAUAUGAUUCCAGGUCCCCACUGUGCUGCACGCCCCUAUCAGGUUUACCUGAUAAGCGGUAUCGCGCGCUGGAAUUCGGACAGGACCUCCGAUGCUGUGUUUGGUGGCAAAGGGCGACACCACAGAAUGUACUCUGCACCUCUGAUCGAUCGCCUCAACGCCCGUUGUCAGCAGCUGUUUGGAGAGCCUGUGGAGGAGAAUUUCCGGGCUUCUGCUGAUGUCCAUUCUGCUGAGCUGCUCGGGUUGGAGUAUUUGUUCAGUCAGAGCAGUGGGGAGCCUUUCUCUCUUCAGGACAUUGCCGACGAUGGACCCAGUCCAGAGGAGGAGGUGGUUCAGCCUGGGCAGCUUGAUCCAGAUGAAGCUGAUGAGGCAUACCAGAGUGACGUAGAAGUGGACAAGGGUGUCCUGGAUGCCGAUCUGCCCCACAUCACUCUUACCAGUGACGAAACCUCCACUGUUCACCCUCCAGCCUUUGAGGAUGCCUGCAGUUCAAACCCUCUCCCUGGUUUUAAAGAACUAGAAUCAUUCUGCUCUGUGCUGGUUGAGAUUAGCCUAAUUGAAGACAAGCUGUCGCUUAUCACUGACCAGAGAAACAGGGUUCUCGAAGCCUGGAAUGCAGUGGAGGAGCAUGACAAACAGCCACAGCAGUUCAACCAGAUGUACAGAACACACUGGGGCAAUACCCUCUACUGUCGCACCAAAAGAGACGAUCUUGUUGAGGCUGCUGUGGUACAGAGGAUGAAGAUGGCCAAGCGCUAUGCACCGGCACAACAGGACAUCAGUGCUCAGAACAACAGGCUGAUGUACACCCUGGUGAAACUGUUGUGGUUGCAAUUACCUCAAGGUUCUCGCACCAGCCCUGAGAAGAGUACCAUCUUAAAGGCGUACGAGCGAAUUCAGCACCGGAUAUUGGCAGAGGAUCCAGUCCUGUGCAGGGCAGGAAUUCCUUUGCCAAAAAUCAACAUCAAGACCGUACGAGACUUCAUCCGUUGCCAAGAGAGAAUCCUUAACCUGCACUCCACAAAACAGCCUUCCACCAUUACAAAGACCACCUCCAUCUCGUCUGCAGACCUUCCUCCAGCACCGCUCCAGCUGGCAGUCCUCCCACCACCAGACUACCCAAUGAUGGAAUAUGUGCCCACACCUAGCAUGGCAGGGACAAAGAUGUUAAAGGAAAGAACAGACAUUAUGACUCUCUCCCGUCCUCAUCCAACACUGCCACCACCUGCACCACUGCCACUGCUGGUAAGGAAAACACCUGCCACCUGUACCAUCACCAGACCUGUGCCUGAGUCUACUUCAGCUUCUGGAAUUGCUGGUCCACCCACAUCAGUCCCUUCGACUGUGCCCUUAAAACCUGCCACGCAGACCAGUAGCACAUCGCACAGUACGUGCAGUUCUUCACUGUGGGCGAGAGCUACACAAUACAAGCGCAAGCUGAAGGAACAGCCUUCAGAAGUAGGAGCCAGACUUUCACGAGUGCAAAAUCUCCCUGUCUGCACAAUCUGUGAUCAGCCUACCCAGGGACAUAAAAAAUACAAAGAAAGAGCUUCUGCCCUGUAA